AUGGAAGACCAAUGGAACCCUUACCUCCAGACGCCCAAGGGCCAUAGCGGUUGGGUCAGGUCGGCAGCCUUCUCUCGCGACUUGUCCCGGCUCGCAUCUAAGACGCGAGUAGCGGCGAGUGCCUCCAGACGCUGUAUUGGCAUUGGCACUACCGACAUUAGUGCUCUAUCAGGUUUAAUUAAAUCUCGAAAUAUUGCAGAGCCUUGUAACCUCGAAGAGCCUAGUGUGGCUACCCUCGGAGCAUUUUCCGUCAUGCUCAGCGGUGUUAUGGAACAUAAUCGGUAUCGGUGUUGGAACUGGAAGGGUACAAUUCAUACAGAGAUAAUUUACUCUCGUGUAUUUUGUAUUAUCUCUAUUUCAUUGAGGGGGCUGAGGAUCAACAUCAAGGAGCAAGAUGGCAUGUUACACAAGUAA